AUGAGUCAUACCACCCUGAUGUUAUCAUCAUCAACAACAACCAACGAGUCUCCGCUCGAAUUACUUUUCAGCAAAGACUUUUUCAUCCACGUUCUCGAGAAUGAAGCAUCGUCAUCAUUAUCCUCUUCAGCAACCUCCAACAACAACAACAACCAACUAUUGACCACUCCAUCAUCAAAUCCUUCACUCACCAACCAGCACCCCACUCCACAACUCCACGCUUCCAUCCGAGCAAGAGAAAUUAAACUCCUUCCUCAAAAUUCAACAACAAAUUCCCAGUCGGAGCUUCUUCCCAACACGAAAUACCUUCAGAAUAAUCCUCUCAUCACAGGUCGAUAUUUCAACAAUCUUAAGAAUUCCGAUGAGGUUCAACAUGAGAAUCAUCAUCAGGAACCGACUGAUUCUGGUGUGCCGCCUCUACCUUUGCCUCCACCUCUCAGAAGCAACUCUUUCCAUGGAUCGUAUUCGCAACAACCACAACUUCAUGAACUGUCCACCACCAUUGUGGACCCGAGCCGAAAUGAUGAGGGCCUUCUUCUUCCCAAAUGUUUCAUUCUGACUCACAAACUAAAUCCUUUGAGUGUCGAUGAAUUUAUAGAGUCAAUGAAUACGGUCUUGAGAAGAGUUCGUGAGCUACAGAUAGAUCAAGAUGAAAAGUUGAAGAGUCACAUUCCAUAUGUGCAUUUGAUGAAUGGAUUUUCUAUUGAGGGAAUUCUUGCAAUUUUAGAUUCUGGCUUGUCACAACAACCACAUGCAUUGCAAAGAAGUGGAUCCUCAAAAAAGAACACCAUUUUCAUUCCAUUCCAAAGUUAUAGAAUGCAAUUAUAUGAAGACGUUUUUGGACGAGUUUUAAGAGAAGGCGCAAAUCAAGCUCGAGUUGAGGAGUGGUUUGCGAAUGUAAUUCUUUCAAAAAUUAGCGAAGAACUAGGAAGUGAAAUUCUUAGUGAAAGUAAGGUUGAAAAAAAUCGUGUUGCUGAUGAAGACAAUUCUGAUGAAGAGAACAAAAACAUUAAUCCAAUCCCUACCACUUUGAAAUUUCACUUUUUCACAUUUAUUCAAACCUAUGGUUAUUGGGCCAUUCCACUCACUGAUCAAUCCAGUGCAUUCGAUAUAGAGAAAUCUCCAUUAAGACGACUCAAUCAAAUUCUUGGAUUUCGACGAUCUAAGUUGUGA